CCAGAAGAAUAAGACGACUAUAAGUACCUUCCUCUUCAUUCUCUAAAAUCCCCUAAUCUGAAAAGAUAUCGCAAAGCGGCAGCCUAAGGAGUUAUAACAACAUCUCUCGAUGGACACGUACGCUAGCCAGGGAUCCACCGUCGAGAAACGUCCGUUAGAACGUGUGGGUGAUUUGCAACGCUUCUUGGAGUCGGUGAAUUUCCAAAGAUCCAGGGUUAGGAUGUCUGUUGAAGGAUUCAACCACAACCGACCUGAGGAUGAAAUCGAGAGUGAACUGAUCAAUCACUUCAAAUCAUGUGGCAAUCUCACUAGAGUUGAAGUUCCCACAGACCCUGUGUUCGAGAGUCGUGCUUUUGUUAAUUUUCUUGGACAUAAAGCAAAAGAGAAAGCGUUGCAACUUGAUGGAAGUUCUAUCGGUGAUUGGAAAGCUCGUGUUAAGUAUGCACCCGAGGAAGAAGAAGAGGAAUACCAGGUGGCAGUACGUUAUGAAAGGUCUCUGUAUACUGACCUAGCCAAUGACAAAAGAUUUUUUUUUGGCGUUGCCGUUUGGGGUUAUGACACUUCCCUUCCUGUAGAUGUCAUCGAGAGCAAGUUGAGAGCACAUUUCUCUUCUUGUGGAGUGAUAACACAUGUUUACGUUUGUCCUCCCGACAAGUCUACCAAUAUCUAUUUUUCCGAAUUACAAGGUGAAGCUAGUGCCCUGGAUCUUGAUGGAAGUCAAUUGGACGGAUUCAAAAUAACUACCGUGCGCGUAGCCACAGCCACGGCCAGAACUAACCCUAUCCUUGCCCCCGGUGAAUUAAAGAUGGUUGGCUAUAGUGUCCCAGCUCAUUAUAUUGAGUUUGCCAAGGAGAUCACUAAGAAGCUCAAAGAUUACAUGACUGAGUGGAGGGCCAAGGCUAGGAGGGAGAAGGUCAGGGCCCUUAUUAGGAAGCAGGAAGUUCAGGGCGAGGGUCAGGGCUCGUAAUAAGGAGAUCACCACGGCCAUGAUCAGGAUGGAGAGGGAGAAGGCAGUCCUUUUGAGAUGGAGAGGAUGUUCAUCUAAUAGAUUUCUCUCUCAAGGUUAUUAAUUAGAAGCUCUUUGGUGUUUAUCAAUCCUGUGAUAAUACAAUGCUACCUUCUUUAUCAGCCGUUUGUUUUGUGUGUGUGUUGUGGAUGAUAAGCUAAACUUAUUUAUCUUA